AUGACAUCCACCGACUGCUCCGAGACCGGUGGCGGUGGCACUCUCGACUACGGCACCUGCUCAGACCCCACCAUCAAGUGGGCGUACGGCCUGGACGGACGCAACAGCUACUCUUUCACCACCAAUAAUCAAAAUGACUUCCCCUUCGGAUCCGAUACGAGUAUCGGCAGUGUCACCGGUCUGGUCUGCAACCGUCUUCGAAGCCCGUGCAAUGCGCCCGAGGCUACCAUUGACCGGUGCACUGAGGCCACGAAUGCCGCCAACGGCCUUUCGGGCCAGGAGGCUGCUGAAGUUUGGAACGCGAUGAUAACCUAA